GUGAUCCGUGCACGGACCAGAGAGAGACGCUGGAUCUGAAGGCUGCUGCUUCUUGUCGUUGAGGCUUUUGGAUCAACUGAAUCUCUAGUCUGGACUUUUUUUCUUUUUUUUUUUUUUUUUAAAUUCCUGAACGUGUCCUCCUUGCAAUGAUGUCGCCGCUGAGGACGCGCAGCUGAAUGUGAACAUUGUGGAUCCAAGCAGCUUUCAAGAGAGGAGGUGAACGCACCUUGCAUCCAGCCAUGGGAGGUCAGAUCACCAGACAUACCUUCUGCGAUUCUCUGAACGGACCGUUUCCCGCAACCUCCCACCGAUGCCACCACAAGCCCAAGCGCUGCCUGCCCAUCCAGCCAUGUGGAAGUUUGUCCUCCUUCCCUCUGCUCUUUCACCCCAGCACCAAGGGCUCACAGAUCGUCAUGGACAUGUCCCAGAGGACCGUCAAGAGACAGGCCAGCUUCUGCAAUGCCAUCACCUUCAGCAACAGGUCCAUCGCUGUGUACGAGCAAGUUCGACUGAAGAUCACCAAAAAGCAGUGCUGCUGGAGCGGUGCUCUCCGUCUUGGUUUUACAUCCAAAGACCCAUCGAGGAUCAAUCCAGACACCUUGCCCAAGUACGCCUGCCCCGACCUGGUCUCCCAGAGCGGCUUCUGGGCAAAAGCCCUACCAGAGGAGCUCUCUAAUGAGGGAAACGUCAUCUCCUUUUGGGUGGAUAAGAGAGGCCGGGUGUUCUACAGAAUAAAUGACUCCAGCCCUGUGUUGUUCUUCAGCGGGGUACAUGUCGCCGAACCUCUCUGGGCUCUCAUAGACGUGUACGGCUUAACAAGAGGUGUCCAGUUGCUAGACAGUGAGAUGGUCCCACUGGACUGCAUGCGUCCUCGCUCUUUUGCUGCCGCCCACCGGGCCUCCAUUCAGCGGAACAGCGAUGACCCUCGCCUCUCCAUCAGCCUGUGCGACUUGAGCCUGCAGCAGCAAGAGAUGCAUCUCGAGGAGGAUGAUGAGGAAGAGGAGCAGCUACAGCCGUUAAGCUCCUCCUCCUGCCAUGUGCCCCAAAACUCUCAGAACUCGCAGCAAUGCUCGCUGCUGCCCAGCCAUUUGGACACUGAUCUGCACUUUCACUCCAUGCAUGGCAUCCAUGUUACCGUGCUGGAUAAGCACACGAUGGCGCGGCUGGAUCACCGUGGUGACGAGAGGACGCUGGUGUUCACCAGCCGGCCGAUGCGCUGCUCAGAGACUGUGUUUGUGAAGGUGAAAGCGGGCGUCACGCGGCCCGGCUGCCUUUCUUACGGUGUGACAUCCUGCGACCCAGCCACGCUGAGGCCCAGUGACCUUCCCUCCAACCCAGAGUCCCUGGUUGAUCGCAAGGAAUUCUGGGCUGUGUGCCGGGUGGCGGUGCCACUCCACAGUGGAGAUAUCUUGGGCUUUGUGGUGAAUGCAGAGGGGGAGGUUAUAAUGAGCCAUAAUGGCGUCAGUGCAGGGAUGCAGCUGUGUGUCGACAACUCCAGGCCCCUCUGGAUGUUCUACGGUCUGCACGGCGCCAUCACACAACUCAGGAUUUUAGGCUCUUCUCUGCAUCCAGACCUUCGAGGCCCAUCGGUGCCCAGCUCCCCAUCAUGUACACCAAACACCCCUAUCAUGUUUUUCAGUGGCAACUCCGAGUCCAACCUCAACAACCCUAUGAACAUCAACCUCAACUCAAGCCUUAAUUCCAACUACCACACGUUAUUUUCUUCCUCUACAGGUACGACCCCGAGCUCUCCGUUCUCUAGCCAUCCAGAAUCCCCUACCUUCCCAUCCUGCUCGUGGAGUGACGAGUGCACCAUCUGCUACGAGAACGCGGUGGACACGGUCCUCUACGCCUGUGGACACAUGUGUCUCUGCUACGCCUGCGGCCUCAAACUGAAGAAGAUGGCCAACGCAUGCUGCCCCAUCUGCAGGAGGACAAUCAAAGACAUCAUCAAGACCUACCGGAGCACGUAGACUUGAGGAAGACAAUGUCAGGUUCAGCUCAAGACAUUGUCAAAGCCAUGCUAAGACUUUGUAAAGACACAGCACAAGUGAAAGUCCUGCUUGUUUGUGUGUGUAAUCAGGCUCAGGUACUCUACGACAGGACUUCACACUCGAUCAUUAAAACAUUUUGAUUAUGUUACAUCUAAUGCACACUUCCUUUGAAAGCUCACGACGGUUCCAACGAGAUUCAUCAGACUGCUGAAAAAGAGUGGGGUCAUCAAAAACUAAACAUGUGCUCCUGCAACACCAGCACAACAUAACACCUUGACCCAAUUCUGCUGAAGAGAAAGAGUAAUCUGAAGAGGCAUCUGUCCUACUUCCUGCGGAGUAAACCUUCAUUCUUUUAGUAAAAUUGUCCAGAGCCACGGAAAAAAACAAGGGGAAUAAAUCUGCGGUUUCACCAGCUGCUCCUCUGCUGCUUGUCAGGGAGCUUUGGGUCAAAGUGUUACUUCAGAAAAACAAUCAAUUCUUUUCUAAAUCUGAGAGAAAAUCAGGGCAAGAUUGUUUUAUUUGAGAUUUCUAGAAGGCUCCCAGAUACCGGAAAGAAAUGAGUGGAAAGGCAGAGAAAGAGUUUUUGUAGUGAAAAUGCUCCUCCAGCAAUAACACACAGUGAAAUGCCUAAAUCUAAAGGGCAAAGAAAUCCAUAAAGAAAGUUGGUUGUGUAAUAAAUGAAGUGCUUUGCAGACUAUCUCGCCACCUGCUGCGCCUCUGUGAACUUCAGGCAGGGCGAGACUGUGCAAAGGGUAAAAAAGUGAGAACGUUGUCACCAUAGAAGGUCACGCUUGCUGUGAAUGAGGAUGUAAAUCAGUGAAGAGGGAGGAAGGAAGAAAGAGGACGUUGCAUGUUUGGGAUAGAGACGGAAGAACAAGGGGCAUCUUUGCUGCGACUGUUUCAGUGUAAAAAAAAAAGUGUACGCUCGCUCAGACAUACCACAUACAUCUGAAGUUCGCAUGAAAGCCCGUGAAAUGUGGGACUUGCACGGCCAACAUGUCCUGCUUCUUGGCAGCUGUCCCCACCAUCUCUGGCUGCUCCGUGCACUGCCUGGAUUUUGUAAUUGCACAAAAGUCAUCCAAAUAAACACUGGUGGGCAGGGAAGUAUUUUCAAGAUGCUGAAAGAGCACAUUAGAUGAUGAAUCGACCUCUUCAUCGCAGCAAGAAAUCCCAUGUAAGUUUCAGAUGGUUCUGCUUACUUCAGGUUCUCUUUCAUAUAUAUAUAUAUAUAAUUAAAACGUGAAUAUUUGCUUUUAGUGACGACGCAUUUAUGUACAUUGUGUCUUCAAGUGCACACAAUUUCACACAUGUGCGGUCAAUGACAAGGAUGUAGCUUGUUAUUGUGAGAAUUUGCAUAUCAGUUUCUGAGUGCUGCACUUCGCCGGUAAAAGCAAACUCCAAGGACAUUUUCCCUCGACUAAUGUCAUGCAUUUAUGUACUGCUUUGAAUUGUUAAGAAAUUUUCAGGUGUUACUCUGGCCUCGCAGAAACAUUACUUAGUCAUUUUAAAGUAGUAAGUAAGUCUGAUUUGUUUUCAAGGUGUUCAAGUUUGUCAUCUCGUCACUGUGGAGGGAAAAUGUGCGGUUGUGUUGUGUAACAAUUGAAUGACGGCUACGUUUUCUUGUGUGCCUUUAAAAAGAGAAGUCUGGACAAACUUUGGUGUGUUACACUCCUCACUGUGAAAACCAGGAGGAAUACCGAGGUUCAUCUUCAUCUUAAAGUCACUCUUUCGUGGUUGUGAUGCCUCUGACGUGAGCAGGUGUAACUAACGCAGCUUGCAGAUACAAAGCUAUCGUGUUUGGCACGAAAGCAGAUACUUCAGUGUGCUUAAUAUCAGUGCGUGCAUUUAUUCACUGCUAAAGAUGAAAUGUUUAAAUAUCACCUUGUUCCCUCUGUCUCUGCGUUGCAUAAUACUGGAAUUUUAUUGUGAGUGUUGAGAGAUGCUCAGCUUUGACAUGUCUACCUGGUUUCUUUUUUCUUUCUGACCAAAUAUGACCUAGCAGAAAUCAAACAUUGUGGAACAUUUUUAAUAGAAAAAAAUAUAUAGUACUGAGGAGUGUUAUAUUAACUGUACAUUAUGAGGUUUAUUUAUUUAUCAAUGCUUCUAUAAAGAAUUAUCACUGUUAGUUUCAUAUGUGUGGCUAUAGUGUCCAAAAUGUAAGAAAUAUUGUUUAUUUUAAGCUGCAUAGUGGAAGACUACAGAAAACUUUAUUCCCCCGAAAGGCCCUGUGGUUGUGUCAGCUGAUUUACUCUUUAAGAAGUACUUUGACAUUUUGGGAACUGCUUAUCCACUUUGUGGUAGAGAGUUAGAUGAGAAGAUCAAUACCACUCUCCAGUGGCUGCAUGCAGCUACGUGCAUUAACUCAAGCACUGUACUUAACUACAACUUCACUUGAGUAUUCACAAAUUAUACUUAUACUCCACUGUAUUUCAAAAGGAAUGUUGUACUUUUAGUCGCUCUAGACAGUGAUGUCAAAGCUCUAGUUGCCUGCUACGCUCCAUAUUAUCUGAUAAAAUAUGAGUUCAUUCUCGACCAUGCUGCAGCUUUGAACAGCUGUAUACACACCAAUGCACCAGUUUAAAAAUUACUGCAACAACAGGACAUUUUCCUAACAUGGUGACUAUACUUCUUAACUUCAAUUUAAGCCAUUCUCAGGAUGUAGGCUUUCACGUGUAGUAGAGUAUUUUGACACUGAGAUAUCAGCACAUCACAUAUGGAUUUAGCUGAAAUAUAAUGCAUAAAAUGACAAAAUGGAAACGCAGUGUUACCUGAAUACGCAGCUUCACUGGUUUUACGAAGCUUGAGGAGUCAGGAAGUUGAGUAUUUCCCUCAGACGUUCACAGAGACCAAAAAUAGGACGCUAAAUGUACUGGACUCAACAUUCAUCAGGUGAGCAGGAACACAACUCCAGAUAAAUAGCAUUGUUUCUGCAUAAAUGCUGGAUGUGGAAAUGUGAAACCAAGUUCAACUACGUUUAAAGUUAAUGUCAUGUCAGUGUUUUAUUUACAACUUGUGGCCAAAUAAUCCGAAAAUAACGCGACCUGCUACACCUUAGCUUAGCAAACCGACCGGAAACAGCUGGUGCGAGCUUGUUCUCCACCCACCCAUUACACCGUUUUAUCCUCACUGGGGUCACGGGGGGUGCCGGAGCCUAUCCCAGCCGACUCGGGCGAAGGCAGGGGGCACCCCGGACAGGUCGCCAGUCUGUCGCAGGGCUACAUACACAGACGAACAAUCACACUCACACUCGGGCAAUUUAGAGUAUCCAAUUAACCUCAGCAUAUUUUUGGACUGUGGGAGGAAGCCGGAGUGCCCGGAGAAAACCCACGCACAGGGAGAACAUGCAAACUCCAUGCAGAAAGAUCCCCGGGAAUCGAACCGGGGAUCUUCUUGCUGCAAGACGAAAGUCAGUGUUUCCCCUGGGUUGAAAUGGCUGUGAGGCGGUGGGGUGUAGGCAAGCUUGUUCUGAUUAAUCCGCUUGAUAGCAUGUAGCAACAAAGCACGACCCCUGACUUCCUGUUUAACUUCACUGGUUGCCAGGCAACUGGGUCCUGCCAAAAAUAGUGCACACAAAUUCAGUACGUAACUCAUUGUAAAAAUAAUAAAUUGUCAUUUUCACGCUUUUUUAAAAUCGCAAAUGAAUUAAUAAGCUUUUGUCAUGUCUGUAGGCGUUUUUUUUUUGUUUGUUUUUUUCAUUUAUUUACCUUUGUACGAAGUCACGCUAGCAUCGCCUAUUUCCGGUCUUUGUGCUAACUCACUAGCUGCUAGCAAUAGCACUUUUAUAUGAGAAUGGUAUAGGUAUUUUCAUCAUUUUUUUUUGUUGAUUUCCCAAAAUGCCAAAUGUUUUGCCAUAUACUAAAAUGUGGUUUUAAAAGAGAAUCAAAUGGUUACAGUUGGCAUUCUUUACCUUUACCUUUUGGUAAUAUGUUUGUUCUUCUUGGGUAUAUUUAAAUUGUGUUGUAGUGAGUAGUUCUGGCAGCCUGUUAUAUUUUCAAACGUGACCAAACAUUUUCCAGUCCAAACAAAACAAAACCAGCAAAUAAGCAAAAGUGGGCACUGUGUAUUCUGGACAAGAGAUUAAGAGAAUUGGCUCACAGCUUUGGUUUGCUGGGUUGGGAUUUGUAUUAGUCGUUAAAACAUUCUUAGUGGUUUUUGAAUUUGCUAAUUAUGUUCUGUUUGUUAAAUAAAAUUUAAGUCGUAAUCACUG